CAGAAGCCAGCAUUCAGACACACACACCCACCCUCUGGGUGGUGGCAAUGGGAGGGUGCUCUCACUGACACACACACACACACACGUUUACACAUGCACUAGCACACACUGAGUCAGGGGGCUUCCCUCACUGCUGCUAACAUGAUUGCCUUCAACCUGAUCGCAAUGGGAUUUUACCUCCAGCUCUUUUUCUGUCUUGUCCUUUCUCAGGCUUCCUUCCUGGACAGUGUCUUCCCAAUCCCUGCAGCGUUUCCAUCGUUUGAGCAGAAGAAACGGAGCAGUAGCCGGGGAUGCUGCAUUUUUACACCUCCUCCCCCACCUAUAUUCCCACCACCACCAUUCUACAGAGAGCGGAGAAAUUCAGAAUAUGAUGAGGAUUAUAAAAACUCACCACUGGAGUAUAACCCAACAAUACCUAUAUGUGUACCUGGCCCACCAGGACCGGAGGGACCUCCUGGUCCACAGGGUUCUCAAGGCUUUCCAGGGACAGCUGGACCAAAAGGAGAUAAAGGUGAAAUCGGCAGGCCAGGGAGGAAGGGAAGGCCUGGUCCUCCUGGUGUUCCUGGAAUGCCAGGGCCUAUAGGGCCUCCAGGACCAAUGGGACAGAAGGGAGAAAAAGGGGAUUCAGCAGCUUUUGGCUUAAGAGGACCAAUGGGCCCCAAGGGUUUCCCUGGCGCUAAAGGAGAAAAGGGAAUGAAAGGAGACAUGGGUGAAAUGGGUCCCAAGGGCGAACAGGGUUUUAUGGGGCUGCCAGGAAUGCUUGGCCAAAAGGGAGAAAUGGGUCCAAAAGGAGAGUCAGGAACUCCCGGUAACAGGGGACCAACUGGGAGGCCAGGAAAGCGUGGAAAACAGGGAGAAAAUGGGGCAACAGGUCCCAUGGGGAUUAUGGGACCCCCUGGAAGACCAGGUGCCACUGGAGCUCCAGGACCCCCAGGACCAGCACAUCAAAUGUCUGGACCAAAAGGAGAAAGAGGUGUUCCUGGUCCUCCAGGAAGAUGUCUUUGUAAACACCCACAGACUGGGUAUAACCCGCAUUAUGAUGAAUCUUUCAAUGGAUACAAUUAUGCCAAGAUAUUCUUGGUUGAUAGCCAGGAGGAGCUGGAUGGAUUGAAUGCUGACAAUGCAUUAGCUUUUCGGAAAGACCUUAAGUCUCUGUAUUACAAGGACACAAAUGGAUGGCUUCCUAUUCAGCUCACACCGUUUAUUCACCCCAGCAGCACUUGUGGGGAUGGAAUUGUCCAGCCUGGGGAGGAAUGUGAUGAUGGCAAUAAAAUCCUCACUGAUAACUGUAUAAAAUGCAAGCGAGCCUACUGCGGAGAUGGCUACCGGCAUGAAGGGGUUGAAGAAUGCGAUGGAGAAGACUUUGGAUUCCAGUCAUGUAGGACAUAUCUUCCAGGGUCUUAUGGACAAUUACGAUGCACUACCUACUGCUACAUUGACUCUACACAGUGUCGAUACUUCACAUGAGAAGUCAGCCGACAUGGAGAGAAUGAAACGCGAUGUCACAAUUAACACCAGGUGCUAUCGUAACAAUGUUCAACAAGAUUGGGCAAUAUACUAAAAUUAAUGUACGGGUGAAAGAGGUGACUCUAUGCCGCUGAUGGCUUUUUGAGAAUUGUUUUAAUGUCCAACUGGAAGAAAUAGGACCACUGCAUCCUGUCUUAACAAACCGCGCUGAUCAGUAUUUGCCAGCGACUCACGGUCUUUAUAUGCCGAUGUAUGGAGAUUUCUCACAGGGCAAAGGCAAAACCAUCACAAAAUAAGAUUUUCACUCUACAGGAAAAUUGUGUUAACAAGACAACAUUACCUCGACUUAGCACUGUUAUACAUGCAAAUGAAACUCUUCAGGUUUAUUAUUUUGGUUUUCUGUAGACUUUUACUAACUAAGCACCUAGCGAAUGCUGGGUUGUGGUGUUUUCCAAGAAAGUUUAACUUCUUAAUACAAUGUGAAAAGUUAAUGUACUGUAUUGUACCUGCGUUUUAUUAUAGCUUCAGCGUUAUGAAGAACGUUCUACUAAGUGGUUCUGUCUGUGAAUUCUAUUGAUCAAGUGCAAGCAGCCAGGAAAUCUAUGGAAUGGAAGGUUUUGGGGAGAAAAACAACAUCAAACAAGGAAGAACACAGAAUUUUACUAUUUACAAAUAUACACAAUCUAAGUUGAUGAUAAUGUUGCCGACCAAAGACUGUAAUAAGUGGAACAUAAGUUUAAAAACAAUUGUGCUGAUGUGAAUGUUUUCUUAACCUUUUUAAUAAACCGAAUGGCAUGAUUCUGUGAACAUUUUCAGGAUGGCUUAAAGAUGCUAUGAAAUCCUAUCAUAAAUUAUUCCAAGUGUUUGAGCGGAGAGAACACAUUUAGAGGGGGAGUACUGAUAUUUGGAUGAAAGAAAACUUCCUUUAAAGCUUUUUUUAAAAUAAAGCAGUCAAUAUCUUAUAU